AUGAUGAGGCCUUAAUAUGUAUGAUAAUAUUCAUAAAUUUUAGUCUUUUCCAGAUUUCUAAAAUAAAAUUAAGGUAUUGGAACAAAUGUUUAUUCAAAAAUAUUAAUGUACUGACAAAUAAGAAUUCUACUAAAUUAUAAUUUAUUGA